AUGAAAUUGUCAUUAAUCCGAAACACUUGUGGGAUCCUUCGAGGACAGCGCACUGGACACAUAGUCAGCGGAUUGUCCCGGAGAUGUCUGGCCGUGGGACCCUCCAGCAGUAGUCUUCUUCUGCGGGCUGCAUACGCGACUUCAAGCUGCAGACUCAAUGCCAAAGUAUCUUUUGACCUCGGGAAACAUCCAGCCAAAGAGGAUGUCUUUGAGUGUGAUAGCUCUCUUAGAGAAGUUGUUCAACAUUCUAAGAAAGCGAUGGCAGCUCUCCAGAGAAAAAACUCUGCUAUCCAACCUACACUUGUUAUCGUGCAGUCAAGUGAAGAUGUCAACAUGUGGGAGAUUCAUAAGAAAGUGGCAGAAAUGGUUGGACUAAAAAUUAGCCAGAUUUGUCUUUCUAAGCACAGCACUGAAGAUGAAGUCAUUGAGGAGAUUUUGAAGCUAAAUGAAGACCCAAGUGUACAUGGUGUUUCUAUUCAUCUUCCUUCUUCUUUCCUAACAAGUCGAGUUGUCAAUGCUCUCAGACCAGAGAAGGACAUCGAUGGGCUGUCUGAUGUGAAUGUGGGACGUUUGCUGAGGGGGGACAGCGGACAGAGUUUUCUGCCACCAGUAGCAAGUGCAAUCCUUGAUCUUUUAAAGAAUCAUGAUGUAUCACUGGAAGGGAAAUCUGUGCUGUUGGUUGGACCAGAGGGACCACAGACAUACUCUCUUCAAGCCCUGAUUGAGCGGAGCGGCAUGCAGGCUAGUAAGAGUCACGCCACUGCCAAGAAUCUCCAAAAGCGGGUAAUGAAGGCUGAUGCUGUGGUCCUAUUAGGAGAAGGAAAUAUAAAUGUUCCGCCAGCUUGGGUUCGACCAGGAGCAGCAGUAAUUCGUGAAAAUGAGAUCUCUACAAAGCUGGGAUCAGGGCACCUUGUCGCUGCUUACAGAAUACAGAAUUUGAUCCGCUGGUUACAGGAGCAGCAGUACAGACCAUGGAGCCUGAGGAGCCUCAAACUGAAGCCCUUGACCCCUGUGCCUAGUGACAUUGAGAUUUCCAGAGCUCAGACCCCCAAAGCAGUAACAGUAUUGGCAGAGGAGAUUGGUCUGCUCCCUGAAGAACUGGAGGCCUAUGGCAGAAAUAAAGCUAAAGUCCGCCUAUCUCUGUUAGACCGCCUACAGUCUCAACCUGAUGGGAACUAUGUGCUGGUCGCUGGUAUAACACCGACUCCACUUGGGGAAGGGAAGAGCACAGUGACAAUUGGCCUGGUGCAGGCCCUCUCUGCCCACCUAAAGCUCAACUCCUUUGCCUGUCUACGACAGCCUUCCCAGGGACCUACUUUUGGGGUCAAAGGGGGUGCUGCUGGUGGUGGAUAUGCACAAGUCAUCCCUAUGGAGGAGUUUAAUCUCCAUCUGACCGGUGACAUUCACGCCAUCACUGCAGCAAACAACUUGGUAGCAGCUGCUAUUGAUGCCAGAAUGCUUCAUGAGGCAACACAGUCAGACAAGGCUCUGUACAAAAGGUUGGUCCCUUCUGUCAAUGGUGUUCAGAAAUUUUCACCAAUUCAAAUCUGCCGCCUCCAGCGCCUGGGCAUCACUAAAACAGAUCCUGAGUCUCUCACACCACAGGAGGUCAGCAGUUUCGUCCGCCUUGAUCUGGACCCAAAGCAAGUCACUUGGCAGAGAGUUGUUGACACAAACGAUCGUUUCUUGAGGAAGAUCACCGUUGGACAAGCUAGCACUGAAAAAGGACAGGCAAGAGAGACCGGUUUUGACAUUGCAGUUGCCAGUGAAAUCAUGGCAAUUCUGGCUCUGUCCAACAGUCUGGAGGACAUGAGGAGCAGGCUGGCUCGCAUGGUGGUGGGCACCAGCCGCUCAGGAUGUCCGGUCACCGCAGAGGACCUGGGCGUGAGCGGGGCCUUGGCCGUUUUGAUGAAAGAUGCCAUCAAACCUACUCUUAUGCAGACUCUAGAGGGCACUCCAGUGUUUGUCCACGCCGGGCCUUUCGCCAACAUCGCCCAUGGCAACUCCUCAGUGCUCGCCGACAAGCUGGCUCUAAAGUUGGUGGGACGAGAAGGCUUUGUGGUGACUGAAGCUGGGUUUGGAGCCGAUAUUGGGAUGGAGAAGUUCUUCAACAUCAAGUGCAGAACGUCAGGCCUCAAACCCAACGUGGUGGUCCUGGUUGCCACAGUCAGGGCUCUCAAGAUGCAUGGUGGAGGUCCAGGUGUUUCAGCAGGUGCACCGCUCCCUAAAGAGUACAUAGAAGAGAAUUUGGGCUUAGUUGCAGGUGGGUGCCGAAGCAACCUCAGGAAGCAGAUCCAGAUUGCCCAACAAUUUGGAGUACCAGUUGUCGUAGCGUGUAAUGUUUUCAAGACUGACACCGAGGCGGAGGUGGCGCUGGUGUGUCAGAUCGCUCGAGAGUGUGGGGCAGCAGAUGCAGUGCCCUGUAACCACUGGGCACUAGGCGGGCGUGGGUCUCUGGAGCUUGCCGAAGCUGUGAAGAAGGCAGCCAGCAAACCCAACCACUUCAAGUUUCUCUAUGACAUUGAGAUGCCCAUAGUGGAAAAGAUCAGAGCAAUUGCCCAAAAGGUUUAUGGGGCCGAUGACAUUACACUGUCUGCUGAAGCUGAAGCCAAAAUCAACUACUACAACCAGCAGGGUUUCGGAUCGUUGCCUAUCUGCAUGGCGAAGACGCACCUGUCCCUGUCACAUAUGCCUGAGAAGAAAGGGGCCCCCACUGGAUUUGUUUUGCCAAUUCGAGAUGUUAGAGCUAGCAUCGGCGCUGGAUUCAUCUACCCUCUUGUUGGAACUAUGAGUACCAUGCCUGGUCUGCCCACGCGACCUUGUUUCUAUGACAUCGACAUUGACCCCGUCACUGAGGAAAUCACAGGACUCUUCUGAGCUGCUAGAUGCAAUGUUUCAUAGGACCGAGGAGAAGAGGAGGAUUCACAAAGUUUUAAUUGCCUUAAAAAAAACAAUAUUGUAUCCUGGAAAAAAAUUUACUUGACUAUCUGCUUAUGCUCUCUUUGCACGAUACACUACUUUUAACAUUUUGCUUUGCUUCAUAAAUUUUUUUCUUUGACCAUUAAUUUGUCUUUAAAUUUCAGGAGAUUUAAAAAAUAGUUUUUCUGAUGUUAUUUGCUGUGAUACGCACAUUAACCACCAGGUAUUUGUGCCAAAGUGUCCCAAUAUGCUGUACUAUCUCAGUGCUGUAUACUGCCAAAGGUGUACCUGGUGGUGUUUGCACUAAUUGUCCUAAUUAUGUCAUGGUAUUUUUAACUUAACACUAUGACUUUUUAAUAUUACUUCAUUACUACUGCAGAAUUUCAUGGCAUUUAAAUAAAUCUUUGUUAAUCAAA